CGGCCCGGGCCCAACUCCCUCACGGGCCCCCCGGCGGCGGCAGCGGCGGAGCCCACCGCCCGGGCCCCGAUGAGUAACUCCCGGAAUAACCGGGUGAUGGUGGAAGGGGUCGGGGCCCGGGUAGUGCGCGGCCCGGACUGGAAGUGGGGGAAGCAGGACGGCGGCGAGGGCCAUGUGGGCACGGUCCGGAGCUUCGAGAGCCCCGAAGAGGUGGUGGUGGUGUGGGACAACGGCACUGCUGCCAACUACCGCUGCUCUGGGGCCUACGACCUGCGCAUCCUAGACAGCGCGCCGACGGGCAUCAAGCAUGAUGGAACCAUGUGUGAUACCUGCCGCCAGCAACCAAUCAUUGGCAUUCGAUGGAAAUGUGCAGAAUGUACAAAUUAUGAUUUGUGCACUGUGUGUUAUCAUGGAGAUAAACAUCAUUUAAGACAUCGCUUUUAUAGAAUUACUACACCAGGAAGUGAGCGGGUUCUGUUAGAGUCUCGUAGAAAAUCUAAGAAGAUUACAGCCAGAGGGAUCUUUGCAGGUGCCAGAGUGGUACGAGGAGUGGACUGGCAGUGGGAAGAUCAGGAUGGAGGAAAUGGACGAAGGGGAAAGGUAACAGAAAUUCAGGACUGGAGUGCAUCAAGCCCACAUAGUGCAGCAUAUGUUCUCUGGGAUAAUGGUGCUAAGAACCUUUACAGAGUUGGCUUUGAGGGCAUGUCUGAUCUCAAGUGUGUCCAGGAUGCCAAAGGAGGUUCUUUCUACAGAGAUCACUGCCCUGUGCUAGGUGAACAAAAUGGCAAUAGGAAUCCUGGUGGAUUGCAGAUUGGUGACCUGGUAAAUAUAGAUCUUGACCUAGAAAUUGUACAGUCUUUGCAGCACGGUCAUGGAGGAUGGACUGAUGGCAUGUUUGAAACUUUAACUACAACUGGAACUGUUUGUGGCAUUGAUGAAGAUCAUGACAUUGUAGUACAGUAUCCAAGUGGCAAUAGGUGGACCUUCAAUCCUGCUGUUCUCACUAAAGCAAACAUUGUCCGAAGUGGUGAUGCUGCUCAGGGUGCAGAAGGAGGUACCUCACAGUUUCAAGUGGGUGAUCUUGUACAAGUUUGUUAUGAUCUGGAAAGAAUCAAACUUCUACAGAGAGGACAUGGAGAAUGGGCUGAAGCUAUGCUCCCAACUUUAGGUAAAGUUGGCCGAGUACAACAGAUUUAUUCAGACAGUGAUUUAAAGGUGGAAGUUUGCGGAACAUCUUGGACGUAUAAUCCAGCAGCAGUUUCCAAGGUGGCGUCUGCAGGAUCAGCCAUUAGCAAUGCAUCUGGUGAAAGACUCUCCCAACUCUUGAAGAAAUUAUUUGAAACCCAAGAAUCUGGUGACCUCAAUGAAGAAUUAGUUAAGGCUGCUGCCAAUGGAGAUGUUGCUAAAGUGGAAGAUUUGCUAAAAAGACCAGAUGUGGAUGAUAAAGAUGGAGAUAGAGCUGUUCACCAUGCAGCUUUUGGAGACGAAGGUGCUGUUAUAGAAGUACUGCAUCGGGGCAGUGCUGACUUGAAUGCUCGCAACAAGCGCCGACAGACGCCACUUCAUAUCGCUGUCAAUAAAGGCCAUCUGCAGGUCGUGAAGACUUUAUUGGACUUCGGCUGUCAUCCUAGUCUCCAGGAUUCUGAAGGUGAUACCCCUCUUCAUGAUGCAAUAAGUAAGAAACGUGAUGACAUUCUGGCAGUUCUUCUAGAAGCUGGAGCAGAUGUUACCAUUACAAACAAUAAUGGAUUUAAUGCUCUACACCAUGCUGCACUAAGAGGAAAUCCCAGUGCAAUGCGUGUUUUACUAUCUAAAUUACCAAGACCAUGGAUUGUGGAUGAGAAGAAAGAUGAUGGUUAUACUGCCUUGCAUCUGGCUGCCCUUAACAAUCAUGUAGAAGUGGCCGAACUGUUGGUACAUCAGGGUAAUGCUAACCUGGAUAUCCAGAAUGUGAACCAGCAAACUGCCCUACACCUUGCUGUUGAACGACAGCACACCCAGAUUGUGAGGCUUUUGGUCCGUGCAGGUGCCAAAUUAGAUAUUCAGGAUAAGGAUGGGGAUACUCCUUUGCACGAAGCUCUGAGGCAUCACACCUUGUCUCAACUACGUCAGCUCCAAGAUAUGCAAGAUGUGGGGAAGGUCGAUGCUGCAUGGGAGCCAUCCAAAAACACAUUAAUAAUGGGACUUGGUACCCAGGGGGCGGAGAAGAAGAGUGCAGCAUCGAUUGCCUGUUUUUUGGCUGCCAAUGGCGCUGACCUUAGCAUUCGAAAUAAGAAAGGUCAAUCGCCGCUUGAUCUCUGUCCUGAUCCAAGUCUCUGCAAAGCACUGGCAAAGUGUCAUAAGGAAAAAGUCAGUGGUCAAGUAGGUUCUCGAAGUCCUUCUAUGAUUAAUAAUGAUUCUGAAACCUUAGAAGAGUGCAUGGUGUGCUCAGAUAUGAAGAGAGAUACUCUUUUUGGCCCAUGUGGACAUAUUGCUACCUGUUCUUUAUGUUCUCCACGAGUCAAGAAAUGCCUCAUCUGUAAAGAACAAGUUCAGUCCAGGACAAAGGCAGCUCAUCAACUAAAGAAAGGAUCAAGGUUUCCUCCUGUAACAUUCUCCUCAAACUGCGCUAGUCUGAUGAAGAAGUGUGUGCAGUGUCGGGCAGUAGUUGAACGAAGAGUGCCUUUCAUUAUGUGUUGUGGAGGGAAGAGUUCCGAAGAUGCCACUGAUGACAGCUCAAGUGGAAAUAUUCCAGUGUUACAAAAGGACAAGGAUAAUACCAAUGUCAAUGCAGAUGUGCAAAAGUUGCAACAGCAGUUACAGGACAUUAAAGAGCAGACCAUGUGCCCUGUGUGUUUGGACCGACUGAAGAAUAUGAUUUUCCUCUGUGGCCAUGGAACGUGCCAGCUCUGUGGAGACCGAAUGAGUGAAUGUCCUAUUUGUCGCAAGGCUAUUGAACGAAGGAUUCUUUUGUAUUAAUUAAGAAGCUCUGUGUUUUCUUAGCUGAAGUAUUUGGUCAUGAGCUCUUAGUAAUCUUAAUCUGUUAAGCCAGGUGGAGGUUCUAAUGAAUUAAUUUGUAAUAUCAUAGUUUCUUUCCUAGAGUGUAAUUAGACUGUAAAUGUGCCAGAACAAAAAACCUCUACAAGACAGUGUUUGAAGUUGUGUUUUUUGUUUUUGUUUCUUUUAAUUUGAAACAUCAAAUCCAUGUAAUUCAUAGGUAAUUUACUUGUCACUUCUAAGGGAAAAUCCUUUAAGGAUCUGUUAUUUUUGUUUUUAUUGCAUCUUUUCUUAUUGUUUAUAAAUUUGUUAGACCUCGAGAAAUGUAGUUCCUACGAUCAGCUAUCCUUCAGUUUAUCAUGAUUUUACACAGUGGGUUGACACAGGUACUCAGAAUAGUCAUGCAUCAAGUGAACGGGACAAGUCAAACCAUUAGGUCACAUGUGUUAAAUGACAAAAUUAUAAUACAAGCUUUACAUAGUUAAUACUGAAGAGAGGAUUAUCUUUUUAAGAUAAAAAGUUAUGCAAACGAUUGAUUCUGAAUUCUUAGAGUAAAUGGAAGCAUGGAAUGAGAGAGCAGUGACUUUGCAUUUAGCUUAAUUUCUAGAUUUAAAAGGAAGAUUGUUUAACUUGAAUCAAAUUUCUAGUUUCAUGAUGAUUGACAUGAAAAGGAAAAACAAGCAGUCAUAGUGGGGAACUGAAGUGGGGGAAGUGGCCAAUAAAUGAGUACCUAUUAACUGACCAUUAACAGUUGCCUUUCAUAUAUACUAAUCUAUACACUGUUCUGUUUACCAGCCUUUAAAAAAAAAAAAAUCUGAAAAGUGUACCUCAGUUUUCCCUGUGGUUACUUAUCCAGGCUUGAUCUGACCAGUGAGAUAAUGUUGCCCUUUUUGGGCUUCUGAGGUUCCAUGUAGCUUUUCUCGUGUACUGAAUAGUACCCCAGUAAUCUGAGGAGGAUAACGCAUUGUCCCAAGGCAGCAAUCUUUUCCUUGUCCGUAUCUUUUUAAUUCUGACAGUGAUACUGGUUCUAUCUUCAUCAUAAGCCCUACUUCCAUUUUCUUUCAGUUGCUAAGGCUUGCUGUAAAGAAAGCACUCUCUUUAUACCUACAGGUGAAGAUAUUAUUUAAAUUGCCAGCAGUAUCCAAGACAUAGUAAGUAACCUAAUAAUAAAUACUUUAGAAAGAGUGACCAGGACAUUUACAGAAAUAUGUCUAAUUACCUGUAGUUUUUUUUUUUGUUUUUUUCACUCUGAUUCUAGAGCAUCUGAUAAUUUUCCCUCCUUUGAAUGAGUAGUCUUACUCUGUCUAGGAUGAAUCUACAUAUACAUAAGUGUUUUGGGGUCCUUGCUGCUAGGUUAUAAAAAUACUGGCUGUUUACAGUGGUGUCUACUAUAUACUGUCCAUAAGCUUCUUCCUAAGGGUGUAGUUAUCUGGUAGUUCUUUUCCUUUCUUUAAUUCUGGUUCUUCUUUCUUUUUGUUUGUUUUUUGGGGUUUUUUUUUUUAGGGUUUUUUUGUUGUUGUUAUGACAACUAAAUUUAAGAAUAUUCCUGGCAAUUUAAUGGCUGCUGCCUUUGCAAGUCCUGGUGAAAACAGUGGUGAGCUUUGCUGGCUGAUUUUGUAGUGUCGGUAAUUCCAUAUCUGUGUUUAGCUGAAAAACUUAGGAUUUAGAACAGUAAAAUUUUUAUAAAUUUUAAAUUUGAAAAUUUAUAUAGAUUCAGUUAUCUAAUAAAGGGCCACUGAGGCUAUUUUUUAAGCCAUAUUUUAAAGUUAUAGAGAGAACAUCUGACAUGAUGUUCACUUAAAGAAAUAGAUUAUUUUCUUUCAGAUUUGAAAAUAGUGAAAGUCAGGAUUUUUUUUCUUCCAUGCCAUAGGCUGCCCAUCUCUUUUCCACUAGAUCAGCUGGAGAGGAGGAAACACCUGGCUGACUUGUGCAUGGUUUGGCCACCCAGUGAAUUCUGUAGUCUAGAGCUCUGCUUUACUUAAAUCCUUUUUGUCUUUGGAGCUUGCAGUGCUUAAACUUACAUCCCUAAAAGGCAGUUUCAUUUUCCAGACUAGUUCAUUUCUUCUACAUUAAAAAUACAAUAAACAAACUGUUACAAAAAGUCAUUAAGGUCACUAUGAUUAUAAUGCUGUAUACUUGUGGGUUUUUCUAUAUUUGUACCACUUUGAAAUCUGUUUAAUGAAUAGAAGGUGUUUCUCUAUUCAUUGUUUUCAAGCAUCUGAUAAAUUAUUUUAAAUUUGUUUUGUGUUUGUGAGCAAGAGUAAGAUUAAGAACUGAGUUGUUUAAGUGACUUCCUUCUAAUUCUGUGAAAUUGCUACCUCUUAAUGUCUCUCAGCAGCACUUUCCCAGUUAGAUAUGUUUCCUUCUCAUCAGCUCAUCAUCAUGUGCCUCAGAAGAGCUUUUAGUUUUCCUAGAAUCAUUAAAAAAAACAUAACAGACAGACAUUCAAAAAUUUAUUGGGCCUCAGGGGCUAGAUACACAACAUUGAAAAAAGUGGUCAGCAUCUUAGCACACACAGAAUCUAUCAUGCAGCAGUUGCAUUUGAAGAAAUCUGUAGUCAAGAAGGGAUCCAAAGGUACUAAUAACAUUUCUUCCUAAUGUUUCAGAAGAGUUGUCAUUUGGAUUCCCUCUCUGUACCCCCUUACUCCUACCACAUUUUCUUCUCUAAGACUAAGCUUUGUUGCCCGAAACACACAGAACUUACCAGAUGGUGCUAUUCUACUCGUUUUGGUUCACAUAAUAUAACAUUCUUACUGCUUAUACUAUGUAUGUAUUUAAUUUUGUUGGGAGCCAGAAGGCUUUUCAAGAGAUCAUUUUGUAUUAGUGUAGGAAUAGUAUAUUAGACAAAUGUUUAAUUUAGCUGGCCAAAUCAUAAUUGGACAAGAUGUUUGUAAUUUUAAACAUUGCAAAUUGACCAGCUAGUUACUGAGACAUAAAAUUAAUUGAUGAUGUUGAAAAUAGCGUUCUUAAAUUUGUAUCUUUGAUGGCUUUAGCCUGUAAGAGCAUUUUAGCAUAUUGAAAUGCAUGCUGCUUAGGAUUUGUCCAAUUCAAAUUUCAAAACUUGCUGGGUCAUGUUCUUGUUUAUUAUGAAUUCCUUUUUGACUGGGAAUUAGUUACGCUUAUGAACUAAGAGACUUAGUGAUGUGGUAGGAUAGGGAAACAGUAAGCAGUUGCAACAAGUAAGAAAGAAAAGUCAGUGUUUGAAUUUAGAGAAAAAGGUUUAAAAAAAUCAUGUAGAUUUCAUCAAAGCAGUAAGCAGAAAGAGUAUACUUGAUUGAAUGAUAAAAACCCUUCAACCAGUUUUAGUGUCGUUUAAUUGACAAUUGCUUUGUAAACUAUACGGUUUAAUACAUCUGGCUUUAAAAAAAGUCCAAAGGAAAAGCACCUAUCCUGUCAGAGUCUCUAAAAUGAUACAGUAAAAAUUUGUGUAAAAACUGAAUUUUUGGAAUAGAAUUUUUUUUUGCAUUUUUUUAUUGUAAAAACACUUAACAUGAAAUUUACCAUCUUUAAGUGUACAGGUCAUUAGUGCUAAGUAUAUUAACGUUAUUAAAUGGCUAUCCAGAACUUUCUUGCCUUGCAGAACUGAAACUCUAUUAUACACAUUGAACAACUCCCUUUCUCCCCCCAGUGGAACAGUUUUGAUUAAAUAUAAAUCAAGAAACAACCUGAAUUUUCUUAAUAGUUUGUGUCUGCAAGAUUCAAAGUCGUGGCCAACAUUAAGUUCCUAAGAUUUGGGGGAUGACAGAAUUUCUUCCCUUCAUCCCAGCUGUUAUAAAUCAUAAUUGGGUUGGGAUUAAUUGUCUGUUAAUUGGAAGGGUUUGUUACUUCAUUUGGAGCCCGGGGUGGGGGGGCACAUUUUCAACAUUAGAAUUAGGUUAGCUUUGAAUUUGUAGUGAAUGGGGAAGGUGAUAGAUUUUCACAGACUAUGUGUGCCUUGUCAAAAAUGUUAGUUGUCUUUAAGUCUCCUUGUAACGGUCUCAAAAUAUUUUUUUUCUCUCAAAAACGCAACCUAAUUUUAUUUGCUUGAAUAUUAUGAUAGGAAUGCUUACUGAUAUUACUUGAUAAUCAUAUGAUAGCCUUGGAACUUAUAUAUAUGUAAGUUCCAAACUUAUAUAUAUAUAUAAGUUUUAUAUAUAUAUAUGACUAUAGCAGUAUUAAUAAUCACAGUUGUACUUCUUUAAAACAUUAAAUUUGAGGAAAAACUAUUUAAUGCUGUCUCAUGUGUACAUUGCUUUGCUGUAGCGAGGGGGAAAAUCCUUUAGAUUGAGACUCAGUUUACUCAUAAAUGGUUAUUAGAGGAUGAAACUAGAGUAUGAAAAUAUGAACGAGUUAGUGGAGCUGAUGAAUUAAAAUUGUAGGUUGCUACAUUGGCAUUUUCUACCUCCUUUUCUGUCAGAGUAUUAACUUUUCCAGCUUUUAUUCUUUUUUGUGACUAAGGAAGAGAUGGGAACCCGAGGUUCAAAUUGAAAUUUUUACGUUGUUGAGGAUUUAAGCAGUAGGUACAGGAAGGGUGACUUGCCACAUCAAUUUGGUGCGUAAAUCCAGAACGACACGUGGUGACUGACAUGUACAAAAUGUGUAAGAAAGAUAAUAUUGCUGAGUGUUUUACUUUUCCUGUACAGUCUACAUGACUUGUUUCAUAAAUGUGACUUCUUUCCUCCCAAAUGCAAAAUGGUCUUGUAAUUUUCUAUAAAAUAAACAAAUAUGCCGUUUUGUCUAAAAUCUAUAAUUUCAGGAAGCUAUUGAAAGUUCUGACUCAGGGCUUUGUAACAGUUUAAGCAAUUGUUAAUUAUAUUUUGGAAAGUCCAUCUACAUAAUUUUUCAGUGCCUUGGAAGAAUUAUUAACUUGGCAACACUACUAAGACUUUAUAGAAGGCUGUCUUUAGUGUGAGUGUAUCAUCACACACACGUUUAUAAGGCGUAUUGCUCAGCUUGUGUAAUAGCAAUACUGCAUGUGUGCUGGGUUUGGGUAAUUCUUUAAAGGAAGUUUUCUAGAUUUGCACUUGAUAUUUGUUUUUAAAAAACUGAUUAUUUACGGCCAUGACACUGUUACCAGAAAAGUAAUUCUAUAAGUCAUUAUACAAAGUCAUGUAUAAGUAGCAUCUGGGAAGAAGAGCUAGGGUUCAUACAGUUUGCUAUUUUAAUAUGAAAGGAGGAUCUGUUUGGUAAACACAGAUUGUCUUCCCCUCAUGAAAAAAAGACUUUUUGUUCAAGUGAUUCGGUUUAAAAACAUUUCUUAAAGGAAAUCAUGGAUUGCAUGUUCUUAAUGCUAGCCUUACUUAGCCUGAAUCCACAAAAUUGUUUUUCUGUUAAUUUCAGUAGUCUUGUCAUUCUAAAUACAAUAUAUUCAGUGUGAUAGAAAGCAGUUUAAUUGACGCAUAGCACUGUUUUGCUUUGUAUUUUUUCCAGUGUUUUUUUAGCUCCCACUUGAUUAAAAGUCUUGCUCGUGAAUAUAGUUUCUGUAUGGCAAAUGAUUCUUACUUAUUAGCUUUUGUUAAAAAAACACUUAGCAAGAGCUAAGCUUUUAAAAAUAAAUGCAAACAUUUACCAUUAAUUAAACUUACAAUGUAAUAUUAUAUAAUGCUUUUCUCUGAUCUUUUGAAAGUAUUCUUUAUAUGAAUUUUGAUUUUUAAGGUAUUUGAAAACAUAUCUCAAUAUAUCAAAUCUAUUAUUGGAAAGGAAAUUAUCAUGUCUUUGAGAAACAAGUUACAUACAUCUCCAGCUCAGUAUAGGACAUGGGUGCCCACAUCUAGAAGGCUGUCAUUACAAUUGUUUACAUUUAAGGUACCUCUAUCUAAAGGGCCAAAGAAGCUUUUCAUAUUUUAACACCUCACACUCUUUCAGGAUAUUGUGAAAGUAGUUUGAAUAGGAUAAAUUUGAUAGAAAAUCAGUCAACCAGUCAGGAAGACACAACUUUUUCUAUAAAACGUUUAUUCCUCUUCAUAAUUCAGAUGUAGAUUUCAUUUUCAAAAGAUAGACAUUUUAAAGCAAUGAUUUAUUUGGCUUUUUUAGUGUUUUGUGACUAAAUCAGUAAUUGAAUGGUUUGGAGUUAUUUUAUUUCUCAAGUUAAUAGAAGCAGUUAUUUGUCAUUAUUGAGAGGUUGUCUGGUUCUAGUUCAAAAGAUUCAGUAUGUGUAUCUGGAAUGUUUAAGAGGAAAACCAUCUGAAACAAAAUCUUUUAAUUGUUUAUUUGAAAAAAACAUGUGUAUUCCAACUUUAAAAUUGUGAAUUUAUUUUUGGAUAACCUCUAACUAACUGUAUUUCUGUUGCUGUAAAAUUAGAUAUUUCAUGGCAAUAUUUUUUAUUAAAUUGAAAUUGUAUAGGUUUUUAAAAUAAAGACAUUAUAGAAAAUCUGAUUUAUAUUUUUUAUCA